AUGAAGAACAUCCUUAGCGUUGUUGCUGCCAUGAUGCUGCUGGCACACGGUGCGGCGGCGGCGAAUGACUGCGCGAGCGUGGCUGUCACCGCGAUCCCGUCCUGCGCCCAGGGCUGUUUUCUCGAGGGCGCAUCUUUCGUCGGCUGCGACAGUCUCGACUUCUCCUGCCAGUGCGGAAAGGAGGCUGCUCUCUAUGCCGCUAUCGAGCCCUGCGUCGCCACCGGAUGCCCUGCUGCAUCGAUCCAGGCUGUCAUCAAGGGAGCAUCAUCCGUAUGCGGUUGUGCCGGCGCAGGUCAAGUCGCCGAGCAAACUAUCUCUGGAUCCUUCGUCUCCGCCAUCUCGGGCUCUGCAAUCGGAUCAUCACCAGCUAAGGCCUCAGCGACGCCCUCGGGGCUUGCUGGGGGGUUUCCCUCGGCUUCGCCCACGCAAGGUAAUGGUGGUGGUGGCGGAUGGAAUCCUCCGCCUACGACCAGCCCUUUCUCGACGUCGUCGCCUGUCAAUGCCGCCGGCCGCCAGAGUUAUUCCAAGCUUGGUCUUCUUUCUGUAGUCUUUGCAAUGACUUUAUCUGCCGCCGUCUGA